ACUACUUCCGGGGGUCAUUGCCGUGCAUCGUUUUUCCCUGAGCAGCUCUAUUUUCAGUUUCAACUUUUAUACAUAUUUGCUUGUUUACCAACACAAUGUCCCGAGGGUCGAGUGCAGGAUUUGACCGACAUAUUACCAUAUUCUCUCCAGAGGGCAGACUCUACCAAGUCGAAUAUGCAUUCAAGGCUAUCAAUCAAGGUGGCCUUACCUCAUUAGCUAUCCGAGGACAAGACUGUGCAGUUGUCGUCACACAGAAGAAAGUUCCAGACAAGCUUCUUGAUGCCUCCACAGUCACACACCUAUUCAAAAUCACAGAAAACAUUGGCUGUGUCAUGUCCGGAAUGACGGCUGACAGCAAGUCUCAAGUCCAGAGAGCUCGCUACGAAGCAGCCAACUGGAAGUACAAGUAUGGCUAUGAGAUCCCAGUGGACAUGCUGUGUAAGAGGAUGGCUGACAUCUCUCAGGUGUACACACAGAAUGCUGAGAUGAGACCUCUGGGUUGCUGCAUGAUAGUGAUUGGUGUGGACGAGGAGUGUGGUCCCCAGGUGUAUAAGUGUGACCCUGCAGGAUACUAUUGUGGCUUCAAGGCCACUGCUGCUGGUGUCAAACAGACAGAGGCCACCACCUUCCUGGAGAAAAAGGUCAAGAAGAAACUGGACUGGACCUUUGCGCAAACAAUCGAGACUGCGAUAACUUGUUUGUCUACGGUACUGUCCAUUGACUUCAAGCCCUCCGAGCUAGAGAUCGGUGUCAUUACAACGGAAGACCCUAAAUUCAGGAUCCUGACAGAGACCGAGAUCGAUGUCCACCUUGUGUCCCUGUCAGAGCGAGAUUGAGUGUUUCCAUGUGUUCCAGUCUAGAGGGGAGACUACCCUAGAAAUAUGACAGAACACUACCACUGAUCUUCAGAACGAAAGCCCUGACUGAUCUUCAGAACGAAAGCCCUGACUUCUUUUUUGCUGUACAUUUACGCUGUUCAAUUAAAGAGAAUGUUUUCGAGAAACUCAAA